AUGGAUACACGCCAGGAUGGGUCAGAAAAAGAACCACACGGACAGUGCAACAACGUGGCCACGUCUGAGUACUUCGAGAACGUGUUACUACCACGGCUCAGUCCGAGUGCCCGUCGGUACUAUGACUCUUCCACAUUAAUGCCACCGAUUUGCCAGCAGGUCCCAAGUUACGCGGUGCACUCGGCCUGCUUUUUGUCGCUUCAAACCGCGAUCGCCUCCGAGCUGCAGGUGAAGGUGGUACGAUUUGUACAGAGCGCAAAAAAGGCGGUGCGCUUGACAAAAUAUCUCGAGAUCAGAAUGAAGGGCAAGCGUAAUUUUGCAGCGCUCGCUGUCACAACGAUAGCCGAUUUCAUAUGCUUAACGUUUGCUUAUCUUCUUUAUUUUGGUUACACAUCUGCUGCAGAUACAGAACAUACAAUGAACUACGUCAACGUCGUCACGAUGAGUGGAGCUUCUUCGUCGAUUACUCGCUCCGUGAUGCUGAUAUCAUCGGGAUAUUCGGUUGAGGCUUGGUCUUCAUAUAGAACAGUUUAUUGGGUAAUAUUCAAGUCCAUCUACGAGAUUGCAGUCGGCGUAGUAGAAGCCGCAGAAAACCACAUGGGCCAUAGUCUUGAUAGACAGGUCUUCUCGAGAGGUCUUAUCCGAUUAGAUCGAUUAGGCUGA